AUGGCGAAAAGAUUAGGUAAGARAAAAAUUGAUUCAGAAUGCAGGGUAUUUAAGCUGCAGUGGACAAACAAUUAUUUUUUUGUUCAAUGCAAAGAAAAGGCUGUCUGUCUCAUCUGUCAAGAGGCGGUGGCGGUAUUCAAAGAAUGCAAUCUGCGGCGACACUAUGAAUUCUAUAACAAAGAAAAGUAUGAUAGCUUGCAAGGUCAAAUGCGAGCAAACAAACUCUCAAAGCUAAAAAGUGGACUCUUUCCGGUUGCUCAACUGAUAGCAAUCAGCGAUAACCCUUUCACCGAAGGAGAGUUUGUCAAGAAAUGCACGAACGCUGUCCUGGAGGAGGUGUGUCCCGAAAAUAAAGAUGUCUUUAAUGCCGUGAGUCUAUCAGCGAGUACAAUCACCAGACACAUUGAAGAAAUCGGGGGUAAUGUAUAUGCCCAGUUGCAGCAGAAGACGAAAGAAUUUGACUUUUUUUCAUUAGCACUGGAUGAGAGCACGGGUGUGCAGGACACCACGCAGCUGCUCAUUUUUAUCCGUGGAGUUAGUGCAAACUUUGAGAUGUGAGAAGAGCUGGCAGCCCUCCAAAGUCUCAAAGGGACAAUGACGGGGGAGGAUAUUUUUGGCAAAGUGUAUCAAACCACGUAAGAGUUGGACCUGGACUGGUCAAAGCUGGCCAGCAUCACAACUGAGGGGGCUCCUAGUUUGGUGGGGAUGUCACGGGGUCUAAUAGGACGCAUGAACCGGGAGAUGGAAUAACGAGGUCUUCAUCUCGAGGACAUGUUAAAGGUGGGACCUCUGUUCUUCUCUGUUCUAGAUUUAUGUCUGGACUUCGAUCACUGGAUUCUACAGAUUGGCUUGGUGGUCUCCUGGUGUUCUGCAAAUCAGCGUUGGUGGCUGUUAAUCACCUGGCUGACUGACCAACUGGAUGGGUGCCCGUAUUCUAACAGAACUCAGACACUGCGCCUUGAGCGAGCUGGACUCAGUUUGCAAGCGGUUCUAUUGAGGGUCGCGGGCAGGCUGGGGUCCCUCGACUUUGCUGGCCAGAUGGAAUUGAUCUUGGAGGAAUCUGAUAGUUUUGGCUUGGCGAAAUUUUGCCCACACCAUUUGUCUGAUUGAGAUCGCAACCUUGAGAGUACCAGCAGGAACUUUAAAGCAGAUGGAAAAUUGUUGCUGUCUGCUUGUCUCUUUUGUUCCCAAAACAACUGAUUACAGAAUCUGGAUCUCCCUGACAACGACCUUGGAUCUGUUGACAAAUUCUUCCUGGUUGAAUGUGUUGACAAA